AGAGAGAAUAUUUUUGAAUUGGCUUCUACUAAAUCAAAGCUUGUUUACCGAUUAAUUAAUUUGACAAAUAUCCCGCCUUCCCGUGAAGCGAGCUGCGUAAUAGAUCACUACUAAUAACCCGAGAAAAAUACAAGUUGGCAUUUUAUAAAGUUGGCACGAUAACUUAACAUUCAGUUCCGUGCAUGCGUUUCAGAAGGGAGAUCGAGGCAGUGGUGGGAUUCAAGUAAUUUAACAACUGGUUCUCUGCCCUAAUUAUUUCUUCCAACAACCAGUGUGCCAAACUGCUCAGAAAGUUAACAACCGGUUCUCCCGAAGUGGUGCGAACUGGCUGAAUCCCACCACUGGAUCCAGGGCAUCAUAAACCUGUGAACAUAAUUCAGCUGAUGUCUCAGAGUCACCAACUAUGGUCAAACAAAUCAAACCAUAUUAUGGUUCACCGUGAAGGCCAUGUGGAUCUCCCUAUUUCAACCUCAUCUACUAAGUGGAGUUACUAUUAUAUUACUCUGUAGGUAAGGAAGCUUUUCUCCUUGGUAAUUGGGCACGUGCUUAAAGGACUUAAUUUAUAAGUGGGAAACUUGCAAUCUUGCAGAGGUUACGGAAGUAGAAUUCUUAACAUUGUUCCCUACAGGUGGUCCUUGACAUAUGGCCAACAUGUCAGGGGUGCUGCAGCAGCCAUAACUUCAGGACAGAAUCAUAAGUUCCAGAGGAGGAUCUACAGUAACUUCAAAUGGCUGCAAUCAAUUGCUAACCGCUGAAGGGAGGCUAAGGAAGGAAUGAUCACAUUAAGUCUACUUAGAACAUUAAUGACUCGGACAAGCUUCAAAUUCAGGAGUUUAAGAGUCCAAGCCAAUAUCCUAUGUCUUGUAUCACACUUCCUCUCCUGUUGAGCCCAACCAUGGCCGGAGAUUCAAGGAUCUUCAUGAAUCAAGAUAUGGAAAUUGGUGUCAGCCCCAGAGAGCAAAAGAAGAUUCCCAAACAAGCCCGGGAUGAUGUCCCAAUUGCCACAGAUCGAACACGUCUUUUGGUAGCUGAAAUCAAGAAACCACGCCAGAGAUACAUGGAAAAAACGGGCAAGUGCAACGUUCAUCACGGAAAUGUCCAGGAAACCUACCGAUAUCUCAGUGAUCUUUUCACCACUUUGGUGGAUCUCAAGUGGCGCUUUAAUCUGCUUGUGUUUACCAUGGUUUACACCAUCACUUGGUUGUUUUUUGGUUUCAUUUGGUGGCUCAUUGCCUACAUCCGGGGAGAUUUAGACCAUGCGGAAGAUGAAGAUUGGAUCCCUUGCGUUGACAACCUCAGUGGGUUUGUCUCUGCCUUUCUGUUCUCCAUUGAGACCGAGACCACCAUUGGUUAUGGCCAUAGGGUGAUCACUGAAAAAUGUCCUGAGGGUAUCAUAUUGCUUUUGGUCCAAGCAAUCCUGGGCUCCAUAGUCAAUGCUUUCAUGGUGGGGUGCAUGUUUGUGAAGAUCAGCCAACCAAAGAAGAGGGCAGAGACCCUCAUGUUCUCUAACAACGCUGUGAUUUCGAUGCGGGAUGAGAAAUUGUGUCUCAUGUUCCGAGUUGGAGAUCUAAGGAAUUCCCACAUUGUAGAGGCAUCUAUUCGAGCCAAGAUGAUUAAAUCCAAACAGACCAAAGAAGGGGAAUUCAUCCCCUUGAACCAAACGGACAUCAAUGUGGGAUUUGACACAGGAGAUGACAGGCUGUUUUUGGUAUCCCCGCUCAUCAUUUCGCAUGAGAUUAACGAGAAGAGUCCCUUUUGGGAGAUGUCCCGUGCCCGGCUGGAGAAGGAAGAGUUUGAAAUUGUCGUCAUUUUGGAAGGCAUGGUGGAAGCAACAGGGAUGACUUGCCAGGCUCGGAGCUCCUACAUGGACAAAGAAGUGCUUUGGGGGCAUCGUUUCACCCCUGUCCUUACCCUAGAGAAGGACUUUUAUGAGGUUGACUACAACAGUUUCCACAAUACCUACGAAACCAACACACCUUCUUGCUGUGCCAAAGAACUGGCUGAGUCUUUCAAAGAAGGACGGCUUCUCAGCCACCUCUCUACCACCAACCUCCUGAAUGGCGAGGAAAACGAAGAAGCAGAAGUGGAGAAAGAACAGCGGGAAGGGAUGGAGAAAGAAGACAACAGGAACGACGGCCUAGAGGCAAUUGAACUGAAUGGAAACAAUGGCACCACAGGGGAAAUGAAGGAGAGCCUGUUUUUAAAACAUUGAGACUUGAGAAUGAUCGAAAAUUCAGAUUCCCUUGCCACCGAGGAGGCAGAAGAAGAAGAAGAAAUGGGACAACCUAAGUCUAGAGCAGUGAUGGCUAACCUUUUUGCUGCCGCGUGCGAAAAGCGGGGGGAGCACGAGGGGGUCACGUGUGCGCAUGUCCAUACUCAUAAUUCAAUGCACCCCACCCCCCACACACAUGCACGCAUGAUCCCCCCGCUCUUCCCCCACUUUUAGAAUGGAAUGCCACGGUGGGCCCGGUAGGCCUGUUUUUCACCCUCCCCAGGCUCCAGAAGCUUUCUAGGAUCCUGGGGAGGGUGAAAACAGCCUUCCCUACCCCCUCGGAGGCCCUCCAGAGGCCAGAAACAUCCCAUUUCCCAAUUUACAGUGGGCUUGGAAGUCCCGAAAAUCAGCUGGCCGGUGCACGCAUGCGUGCUGGAGCUGAGCUAGGGCAACGCUCACGUGCCCACAGAUAUGGUUCCACGUGCCACCUGUGACACGUGUGCCAUAGGUUUGCCAUCACGGGUCUAGAGGAUAAUGUUCUCACUCGCUUGGAUAUUAUUGGAUUGAGCUGUACCCCUCCAUAUAAUUUGCUUUUCUCCAACUCCGUUCCGGAGAUUACUAUAAGGAUUUUACUCACUGUUUUGAGGACACGUGAAAACUAACCAACUUAAGGAAAUAUAAUGGAAGCGUAGAUGAUCACAUAUCUUGAAGCUUGUUAGUUUUUCUUUUUCUUGCAACAUGCAUCUUCUGCGCAUUUUGAAAGGAGGAAGGGAAAUAUGAUGGAACAAAUAUAGUUAUGAGGGGUUUCUUUUCUCCCCCUUCCUUGAUUUAUUGGAAAUGCUAAUUGAUGAAUAAAAAGAGGAAAAGGAUCAUGGGAGUCGGGAACAGGCCUUCUGUAUUUGGCCAAAUGUCUGUUGUAAACUUUCUAUGUGAUGGGAUAUAGAUGUGAUUGUUUAUCUUUGAGGGUUCUUUCUACUGCGAAUUCAGCUAAAAUACGAAGGAAUAUCAUUUAGUGGAGGAAAGGAACUCAUUUGCUGAUCUGAAGUAGGAGGGGAUUAGUUUUCCUGUUAUGAUUUUUGUGAGAGUUAAACAAGAACAACUCAUAUAGUAGCUUCAAAUGAAUAAGGAACUCAACUGGCUAACUGGUUUUGGGUUCUAAAGCUGGGGUCUCCAACCUUGGCAACUUUAAGCCUGGAGGACUUCAACUCCCAGAUUUCUGGGAGUUGAAGUCCACCAGGCUUAAAGUUGUCAACUUUGGAGAGCCCUGUUCUAAAGGACAUUUUAAAGCAGGUUUUUUUUGUUUUUUUUUUACUUCUCAGAUUUCUAUCCUGCCUUAACCCCUGGUAUUCAAGCUAGCAUCCAUAACAUGUCCUCCUUCAACAAUUCCACUGAUACUUUCAUCUACCUUCUGGGUUAGUUUAUGAGAGAUAGAGUUUAGGUUCCAAACUCCCAAAGCCACUGAAGCUGGACCUGAACCACCAAAGGAAGGUUUAAAUGUUGGCAUGAAAUUAUCAAGCCUAGUUUCCAAGAUUUAUAUUUUAUUAUAGUCAUUAAAAUGUCAACACAAAUAAAUAUAAUUCAUGUUAGGUUUAUUCAUCAUAUCUACAGUAUGUUGGCCAGAUUGUCAGAGCACUGCAUCAUAAAGAGGAAGGGAGCAGCUGUCUUAAGAAAGCAUAAGAUUGAUAUAAGACUUAAGAUAUAAUCAAUUUAUUUUUAGUUCAUUCAGGAUAAGACACAUAAUCAGAUUCUAAGCAAUUAUUGGGGGUUGGAUAGGAAAAAUCUGAAAUGAUGGGAACUAGAAGACUAGAAUAAAAAGGUGAAAGACCUGAACAGCAACAUACACAUUGCACCAUCUGUUCCUCAAAUGCUGUUAAAAAAAUCCCCAACUGUUUUGAUGCAAUUUCUUCCUUGCAUUUGUCAAUAGACCGUAUGGUACAUGGCCCUUUUACAGCAAAGAUUUUGAAGUGGGGAGUCCUUGCAGUUACUUUGUAAAAAUAAAGACUGAACUGGACUUUGAA